GAUCAGCCGCUGCUGCUACUAGGGCAGAUGUUGACAGAGCUCGUGCAGUGCAACAGCAUCUCCGCGUUUUACACCAUAAGCCGGACUGAUUUUGAAAGAAGAGUCCAUCAAAUUAUACUUUCACCAUGGGGAAAGUUGAAGGCGGGAUGAAAUGUGUGAAAUAUCUCCUCUUCGUGUUCAACUUUAUAUUCUGGUUGAUGGGCUCGCUGGUUCUGGCUGUGGGCCUCUGGCUCAGACUUGAUCCAAAUACUGUGUCUCUUCUAGGAGAAGGCGGACCUGAUACAUUCUUUAUCGGGGUCUAUAUCCUCAUCGCGGCCGGGGGUCUGGUGAUGCUGGUGGGCUUCUUCGGCUGCUGUGGUGCCGUGAGGGAGUCUCAGUGCCUUCUGGGAUUGUUUUUCGCCUGUCUUCUGGUCAUCUUUGGAGCAGAAGUUGCUGCAGGAGUGUUUGGGUUCCUCAACAAAGCCGAGAUCAUUGAGGAAAUAAAAAAAUUCUAUGACGAAUCAGCAGGAAACAAUGGCAAUAAUGCAACCGUCCAGUCCUACCAUGGCAUUCUGAACUGCUGUGGCUCAGCCAGUCUGUGUCCAGAUGCCGUAUCAAACCAGUCUAUGCAGACAUGUCAUGCGGCCAUUGAAGAGUUUUUCAACAGUAAGCUCUUCAUCGUGGGUUAUGUCGGGAUUGGAAUCGCAGGAGUCAUGAUUAUUGGCAUGAUCUUCAGUAUGGUCUUAUGCUGUGCAAUCCGAAACAGCAGGGAGGUGAUCUAACACAGUCUUCCUCACCUGGACAUGACCUUUCACCUUUGACACUUAACCUUUGCUGGACUUGCAUAUACAACAAUAACAUUCCAACCAAGCUCAAGGUGUUCUUCCUCCACUCAGGAGCCAAAAACAAACUCCACUUUCAUAAUCCUGUACACCUCAACCAACCAAUGGUUAGUCCAGCCUAGUUGUUUAAACUCUGUCAAACUGCUGGAUUGUCUUUAUUUAAUACCUGCUGGUUGGGUGCAGAGCUGGAUCUUCCAAAUGCGACAAACACAAGUUGUUAAAUUCGUUUUAAUAUAAUUUAGAUUUUGACUUCAGUUGUAGUGCACACUGAUCAGCUCUUUCUGCAAAAGUUUGCAGAUUUAUGUAUUGAUGCUAUUUCAGGCUGUUGCUGCAUGGCUUCGCAUGUCAGAUAAAAAUAUUGUGUAAUGUGAUGCCAGGGGUUCUGUGGCAAACCCACGGCUGCUGGGAAGGGUGAGAAGAAGACCCACAGAUGCCUUUCACUUUACGUUUGUACACAAAGAAAGUAGUCUACUGCGUCACCGAUAUAUUACAAAUGCUUACCAAAGGAUCAGAACAACAUGCAAAAAACUCACAUGUUGGUGAUCUUCAGAAGAAUGCUUGCAUCCAUAUCAUCCAGUAAGCCCUCUUAAAGGGACAGUUCACCCAAAAAUGUAAAGUUCUAUCAUCAUUCUCACCCUUAUGUUGUUCCAUUCAUGCAUGAAGCCCGUUUCUGUCACUGAAUAAGAAAAUUAUAAAGAGAGUUUAUAUCCCGCAACUCUGAGAAAAAAAUAGUCAUAAUUGUGAGAUAAAAAGGCACAAAUACCUCUUAUAUCUUAUUAUUCAGUGUUCGAAACGGGCUUUCAUGUGUAUGAGUUCCUUUUGAAAAUAUAUUUUGAAGAAUGAUGGUAUCCAAACAGUUGACGGUAGCCAUUGGCUUCCACAGUAUGGAGAAAAAUACUGUGGAAGUCAAUGGCUACCAUGAACUAUAAGGUUACCAACAUUCUUCAAAAUAUCUUCGUUCUUUGUUCAACAGCUGAAAAAAAACUCAUACAGGUUUGGAACAACUCGAAGGUGAUUUUUAGGUGAACUGUUCCUUUAAGUCUUGCUUCCCCUCUGAAUUUCUCCAUGUCCUUUCCACUUCAGGAAAGGCACACUAACACAUAUUCCCAGCUCUGCUUUUCUCGCGUUUGAACUCACGCUAACACCGAUGAUCGGGUUUCUGUUAUGUAAUAGCCGGGCUCAUCUGAAGCCCCCACUGAUAACGGUACAGCCCGGUAUUCUCUGGCACGAUGGAGCCAAAUCUUCUCAUUCUCAAGCUGGAUCUUAUGGUGUAGAGUUGCCUGGUUAUUUUACACAUGUAGCUAAGUAAAGUACAGUCCACUGACACUGUCUUGUGCCUUCUACCGUCUAUAAUUGGUUGCAUCCAACCAUCUGCGCUGUGAAUACGAAACGGAUCAGACAUGAACAACAUCUGAAUCAUUUGCUUGAUUUAUUUAACAAUUGAGGAUGGUUCAAGCAGUGUCUUUAAGUGGAGUCAUUAGAAGAAGAGUUGGUUACACUUCAAGGUGUACUUGUUACAGUGUAAUAAUACAUUUAAGUACUGAGUAAUACUAAUUAACCACAUGUACUUACUAUAUGGUUAGGAUUAGGGUUUGGCUUAGGGUUACUUGCAUGUAAUUAUGCAUAAUUUGUUGUUAUUAUAAUAGUAAGUACAUGUAACGUAUAACACCUUAGGACACCUUAAAAUAAAGUGUUACUGAAGAGUUAUUAUUUCAACAUGCAUUUAUAUAAAUUGCAUGAAUAAGUUAUAAAUGCAUUGGUUGACUUUGAAAUAAUUGGGAGACUGUCCAUGUGAAUUCCUUUGUACACACAUCCACUUAUUUAAUUGGUGAGUUUCUUUUUUAGUUAGUAGUUUUUUGUGAUUUUAUUGGAUAGGAUGGUGAAGUUGAGACAGGAAGUAAUGCGAGAGGGAAACAGGAUCAGGAAAGGAACUCAGGUCACUCAAAGCACACCUGUGCCAUGUGUCGUGUUUUGAGGUUUAAAUUGGAUUUUGUUUCUCAGAUUUUCAAUGAGGUCUCGCACUAUUGAACCCCGCAUUUUUAACCUAAAAUUCUGGUAUUGGACAAAAAAAUUGUCACCUGUUCUUCAAUUUCAAAUUAACUUCUUAAUGAAGACUGAAUUAUCUACAAUUUGUAAAGAAUCAAAUUUUCCACAUACUGAACUGAAUUGAAACUGACUUAGUCCAGAUGUACUUACAGUCUCAACACACAGUCACAUUAGCGAUAUCUCGGCAAAAUUUCACCUGCAAAAAUGGUCUAUUGUCAAUAGUGUAGUAAUGCAUCAAGUGCAGCUCACACAAAAGUCACUUUCAAACCAAAGCUUUCUGUUGGUCAAAGUGGAAAAUUCACAUGACCAACUUGAUCAUAAGCGAAAUCUAUGUGGGGAACUUAUUCGCCUUCACCCAAACAUGCAGAUUUCUAUUGAAAGGACUGGAUUUUGCCUGUAAAAUUUUGCCGAGCAACAGGAAAUGUCAGCGUAUUUUCAGUCUUACAAUUCUGUGUACAUAUCUGUUUCAUAUGUUGUCAUUGUAGUUGUAGCGAUCAUGGUCAUCUGUAUUGUGCAGUUAAUGUGUAUAGAAGCAGUUUUGGCCAGUGUACAGUGACUUUUGUUUCAUAUUAUGCAUUUGAAGAUGCCUUUUUUAUUUUUCCCGAAAAGACAACAUAGUAUUUGGUUGAAGGUUGUUGUUUUUUUUGUUUUUGUUUUUUUUGCUUGUUUGUAUAAUGAAAGGAUUUGAAAAGGGAUGAAAUCUCUUUUUUUUGUUGUUGUUUAUAAUGGGGCGGCCAUUGGUUGGUCAGAUAUAUUUCUGCUGGUGCAUCACUGCUGAAGUUCCUCAAGUUGAAGUGGCAUUAGAGUAGCGAUUAGAAUACGUCGUAGUCGAUGCUAACAGAGAGUAACAUAUGAAACAAGUGUUCCGUUCACAUUCAAUGUUGAUGUAGAUCUGUCCUCAUACCCAAAAGCAACCUUGUUCAGACUGUAAAACAACUAGAUGGAGCAUGUAGUACGGCUUUCGAGUAGAGACUCUGUUGUAAACUAUUUUUAGUGUGUUAUUCCUACACUUUGUGUAAACAAUGUUGAGAUUUUUUUUUUUGUACUGUAAACAUAACACUGCAGUCUUUUGAUGUAAGUGUUCAUAAUUUGUGUUUAAUUUAUUUUCUGAAGAACAAGUUCAAAACAGCAUUAAAGUUUCUCAGGAACAAUGCAGCACGAGAACAAAUAAACUUGUUUGAAGUUUC